AUGAAGAUAAAAACUGAUAUACAAUUCUUAUGCUUGGUAGCCCUAGCUUGUGCUGAUAAAUUGGGCUACAACUAUCAACCUGUCGAACACUCAGAUGAUGGUCUCUCAUUCUAUCCUGGACUUUCGCAAGACGCUACCGAUUUACUUACACAGUCUCUAGAGUCUCCACAACAACAGCCUCAACUCGAAACUCCUGCUCCACAACCCGCUCAACUUGUAUCAGAAUUCAAAAAAGAAUUCUAUUCUUUUGCUGCCCCCGAAGAUGCUUUUGAUGAUAAUGAUGCCGGCGAGAAAAUUGCUGCUGCUUUGAAAAAGAACUUGCGUGUGGUUUUCAUUAAGUCACCUGAAAACAAAGGCUUUGAAGAUGCUGUUCUCAACUUGGCCAAACAGGCUUCACAGGAACGUACCGCUAUUUAUGUGCUCUCUAAGCAGUCUGAUAUUGGUGAUUUGGCCAAUAGAUUGCAAAAUCUCAAAUCACAGUCGCAAAACAAACCUGAAGUACAUUUCGUGAAGUAUCGUACACCAGAAGAUGCUGCCAAUGCUCAAAAAGCCAUUCAGGAACAAUACAACACUUUGCCCGGAGCCUCACAAAAUGUUAAUGGUGGUGAUGCCUCUGUUUUGAAUUUUGCCUCCAGAGCACCAGUGUCUGCUGGUCAUAUACCAGCCGGACCUGGACAUCAGUAUUUGCCCACUAAUCCCAUACCCACUGCUGAUUAUUUGCCACCUUCAUUGCGUCGUUUCCGUUUCCGCUUGUAA